AUGACUUUGGGACCCAAAGUGGAGGCAAUCAAGUUCAAGGAUGCUGUUGGUCGCAUGUUCACCGUUCCAUUUGAGAACUGCAAGACUUUUGAAGCAAUGAAGAAGGUCAUCGAAGAAGCAUUCCUGCACGUUGAUGUGAUCGGCCCUCACGUUCUAGCUGGCCACUUUGACCUGAUCGGCUCCAAUGGGGAGAUCAUGCUCCCAAGUCUAUGGGCAUCACUCAUCCAGCCA